AUGAAUGACAUAAACUGCACUUCUGAGCAGAAACUAAAGGGUGCAGUAUCUUUGCUUCGCGAUGAGAGGAAGUAUGUGAGCGUAAGCUAUAUAAAUGCUCGUAAACAUGAUUUCAUGAAUCUUGCACAAGGCGAUAGAACUGUAACCGAUUAUGAGGCCGAAUUUCUGAGACUAAGCCGCUACACUCGAGGCAUGGUGGCAUCCGAGUAUGAGAAAUGUGUCCGCUUUGAAGACGGCUUGAGGGACAGUUUGAGGGUAUUGAUAGCUCUGCAGAAGGAGCGAGAAUUUGUUGCUCUAGUGGAUAAGAAGCUUAAGAAACAGACCAGAACUGAUAGGCCUUCUAGAAUGGGGGUCUCAAUUGCUACUAGGGUUCAGCCAUGCAGUGAUUGUGGUAGGCGCCAUCCGAGCGAGUGUUGGAGGAGAUUAGGGGCUUGUCUGCAAUAUGUAUUUCUUGAUGAGCUAUCGGGUUUACCUUCAAAUAGAGAAGUUGAGUUUGGCAUUGAGCUUCUACCGGGUACAGCUCUGGUGUCUAUUACUUCUUAUCGAAUGGCACCGAAAGAGCUUAUGGAGCUUAAGGCUCAGCUUCAAGAGCUUUUAGAUCAUGGAUUCAUCCAUCCCAGUGUGUCUUCGUGA